AUGUCUCCAACAAUUCUCACAAAUGGCCGCUUCGUCGGCGACGAUGACUCGUAUCGAGAGUGCAUGAUCGUCGAGGGAUCUAAAAUCGCCUACAUCGGAUCCGAAGACGACAAAACAGUCCAAGACGCAAAAUCUCGAGGCGUAGAAAUUCUGGAUCUUGAUAAUCGCGUUGUCCUUCCUGGAUUCAUCGACAGCCAUGUCCAUCUUCUCUUCUUCGGUCUGUCACAGCAAAAACUCGACCUUGGAGGAUGCAAAUCCCUAAAAGAGAUUCGACAGAGGAUAACAGACUUUGCUGCUGCCAACCCAGACCUACCUAGAAUUCUAUGCAGAGGAUGGCUUCAAUCUGCGACAGAUGGAGUUGCUCUUGCGAGUAUGAUUGAUGAUAUUGACCCACGGCCUAUCUUCAUCGAUUCAAAUGAUCUUCACUCCGCGUGGUGCAAUACAGCUGCUUUAAAAGAACUCCCUAUUGAUGAGAUCAAGGCAAAAUGCCCGGAACAUCUCACGUGCGAUAAGGACGGCAACCCGACUGGACUAUUGGCAGAAUGGGCUGUCACAGCAUUUAUAUGGCCCUUUCUGAUCCAGUCACUCUCAAUGGACGAUAAGCUUGAAGCUUUAGAACGAGCAGUUCAGGCUUAUUCAGCGGAGGGCUACACUGGGGUUAUCGACAUGGCGAUGGAUGCAGUAGCUUGGGAAGCGUUACAGACGUUACGGGAGAGGAAGGGCAUCAAUCUUCACAUCGCAGCUCACUGGUUCGUUCCCUACGAAGCAGACGAGAAGGUGCUCCAUGAGAAGAUCCAAGAAGCUAUCGACAUGCACAGCAAAUUCCAUCCUUCGAAAUCACCAGAAUUCUGCAUCGUCGGCGUCAAACUCAUGUGCGAUGGUGUAGUCGACGGCUGCACAGCCGCAUUGUCAUAUCCUUACGGUGAAUCAACCGAUCUGGUUCAACCCCUUUGGCCCGGCGAAGCAAUGAACCGCGUUCUGUCACAAAUCACAAAAGCCGGAAUGCAAUGUGCCAUCCAUGCUAUCGGCGACGUAGCAGUCUCCCAAGCCAUCUCCGCCAUCGCAAGCACCAACAAUCCCACCGCGCGCCACCGCAUCGAACAUCUCGAGAUGGCCACCCCCGAAGACGCCCUCCGUCUCGGUAGUCUCGGUAUCACCGCCUCGGUGCAACCCGUGCACAGCGACCCCGCCAUUCUAGAAGGCUACGAAAAGCUCGUCAAGCCAUCUGCGUGGAAACACUGCUUCCCUUAUAAAGAAUGUAUCGACGGGCACGCAAACGUGGCUAUUGGUACUGACGCACCUACGGCGCGACACCUGCCGUUCCCGAAUUUGUAUAAUGCUACGACGAGAAAGUCGGCGCUGGAGCCGGAGAGGGAGACGGUUACGAACGGGGAGAGUGCGUUGACGCUGGAGCAGGCUGUGAGGGGCGCGACGUAUGGGGCUGCGUAUUCGAGGUUUGCGGAGGGUUGGACGGGGAGGUUGGAGACGGGGUUGAGGGCGGAUUUUAUGGUGUUGCCGGGGGUUGUGAAGGUGGAUGGAUUGUUGGAGAUGAAGGUUGAUGAGACGUGGUUUGGGGGUGAGAGGGUUUAUAAGAAGUAG